AUGGAUGUGACUUCACAUAAUAAUAACCAUAAAACUAACGGCAUUCAUCUCAAUGGCCACACAAACGGUUUUAAAACUCAUAAAAAUGGGCACGUAAAUGGAGUAAAUGGAAAAAACGGGAAAAAUGGUUCUCAUAAGAAGGAUUGGAGAGAUGACUUUCACGAGUCAUUCGAAGAGACGCCAUUGGUGGUGGCCAUUUUCACCUACAUCAGUUAUAUUAUAAUAGUAUUAAUUGGAUAUAUUCGGGAUUAUUUGCGUUACCUAGGUAUCGACAGAGAUCAAACUCUUCAUGAACCUAUUAUAGAGGGUUUUGUACCUCUAUAUCAGAGUUGGGAGAAUUUCUACAAGCGUAACAUGUAUAACCGAGUGGGAGAUUGUUGUAAUAGACCAAUUGGAACAAUGGCUGGUCCUACCAUGGAUGUACUGGACUGGAAAGCUGAACAUUUCGGAAAAUCUUUAGAGUUAACUGGCGAUAGAAUACCAGCCAUGAAUUUUGGAUCAUAUAAUUAUUUAGGAUUCUCUGAGAAUAAUGGAUUAUGUGCAGCCACUGCUAUAGAAACACUGUGUAAUACCAGUAUUGGGGUGUCUUCUUCUCGCCAGGAAAUGGGCUAUCUACAGAUCCACCAAGAACUGGACAAACUAACAGCUGAGUUUCUAGGUGUAGAUGAUGCCAUCACUUUUCCCAUGGGAUUUGGAACUAAUUCUAUGAAUCUGCCAUGUUUUAUGGAACCAGGUUGUUUAUUAUUAAGUGAUGAAUUAAAUCAUGCCUCGUUAGUCCUAGGAUCAAGAUUAACAGGUGCCACGAUUAAAGUUUUUAAACAUAACAAUAUGGAGGAUCUAGAAAAGAAACUAAAAAAUGCUAUAGUUGAGGGUCAGCCUAAAACUCAUCGUCCCUGGCGUAAAAUAUUAAUAGUUGUCGAAGGUAUUUAUAGCAUGGAGGGUUCAAUAGUUCGUCUUCCAGAAAUAUUACGAUUAAAAAAGAAAUACAAGGUAUAUGUGUAUUUAGAUGAGGCACAUAGUAUAGGAGCUUUAGGACCACAUGGCCGUGGUGUCACAGAUUAUUUUGGUAUUAAUCCCAAAGAAGUUGAUAUACUCAUGGGCACAUUUUCUAAAAGUUUCGGGGCUGCUGGUGGAUAUAUUGGAGGAUCUCGGUCUAUAAUCAACUAUUUACGAACCAGGUCAUACACAAAUGUAUAUUCCUGUUCUAUGUCACCCCCUGUCACUCAACAGAUUAUUACAUCAAUGAGAAUUAUCAUGGGACGAAUGUGUGGAAAUGAUGGUUUAAGACGUAUUCGACAGUUAGCAUGGAAUACACGCUAUGUUCGUCGACGACUGCGAGAGUUUGGGUUUAUUGUCUAUGGUAACAAAGAUUCUCCUGUUAUACCCAUCAUUAUUUAUUACCCUGCAAAAUUAGCAACAUUAGAAAGAGAAUGUCUGCAAGCUGGACUGGGUAUAGUUAUAGCUGGGUUUCCUGCUACAACUAUUAUAGAAUCUCGUUCACGCCUCUGUCUCUCAGCAGGACAUACUAAAGAAAUGCUGGACAAGGCGUUAGAUAUAUUAAUUGGAAUUGGUACCAAGUUACGUUUAAAUUACUCCAGAUUACCCAAAACUCCAGAAUUUAGAGAAGAUGAUUCUAUACUUAUUAGAGAUUAGUAUGUAAAGGAACUAUUUUGUCUCUAAGUAAUGGAAUGGAUGGAUGAACGAACGAACGAGAGAAAACCAUUUUUUUUAUUUAAUUAACUCUGUAAUAUUCAUAUUAUAUAAUACCAGUUCAAUGGAGUGAAUUUGAGUCCAAGAUUAAUUGUAUGUGCAUAUUAAAUUAGUGUGCAUAUAUAAUCAUAUUCUGUGCAUAUUUAAUUGUCUGAUAUGCAUAUUUAGUUUGUAUACAUGAUUACUAUGUAAAUUGCAUAUUUAGUUUAUUUAUGUGCGUAUUCAUUUAAUUUAUGUGCAUUUAUUAUUAAAUUAUGCGCAUACUAAUCAAUAUGUUCAUUAAUUUAAUGUAUGCAUUUGAACUAAGUAAUCUGGUUUGUCAACUUAGAUUAUUUUUAGAAUUGUGCAGUUGAAACAAAUUGUGAUAACGCCUCCAUUUUGUAAAUAAAGUGCAUUGUAAAUUUAAGUGCAAUGAUAUUUCUAAUUUUUUUUUACACUGAUGAACGCAUCUUCUUGAAAGUACUUGUUUUUUUUUAACUAGUCAGAACUAAAAUAUAGUUCGUUAUAAUUUUUAUUCAUUUCUUCCUUGUUGUGUUACAGAUAGCUCUACUCAAACUUAAAGUUGAAAAUAAUGUAACCCAAAUCUAGUGCCAUAGAGCAGCUAGGUUGUGUUCUAGAGUAAACAUAUCUAUGGCUACCUAGGUACAUUUCUGUUUAUAAACUGCUACAUUCUCCUUUAUUCAAAGUUUAAGUUUCAAUCAUUGGAGUAUUUAGUUUAAAAAGAGCCUGUUAAUAAAACUGAAUAAAAAUAUCAUUUUUUGCAAGCC